CAUGAUCUAGUUGCCUUCUAUUAAUGUCCCUUGCAGCUUUUGACGUUCUCAAAGCAAACACUACAGCUCUUCAACACCCUUAAACUAAACUAAAACCUCAGUCUUUGUCCUCUCCUUCCACAGUCCUUGUUAUCUCCUCUGUUCUUCUCUCCUUUUCUCUGCUUUCACUUAUAAAAGUUGUGUUUUUAUCUACAGCACUGCAAAAUCGAUAUUGUACAGAGUAAAGAUGUAUAGAAGGGAGAGAUCUCUGCGAGAAGACAUGUUAUUCCCACAAAGGAGAAGAACCCCAUCUUUCUCUUCCUCUCUCCUCGACGCUGUUUACCGUUCCAUCGACGAGUCCAACGCCGAAGAAGCUCAUUUCAGAGAAACAUGCGUGUUAAAGAAACAAAGCAUUUCUAGCUCUGCUAAGCGUGGCACUUGGGUGGAAGAAGAGGAAAAGGAGGUGCUGAAUCUUCGUCGGAUCGACGAUUGGAUGGAGAAGCGGAGCUUUCACAGCUCUGUGCUCUACAAUUCAGCCUCGAGCUCCUCGGAGUCUAGCUCUGGCGCAACCUUCUCGUCCUCGGAAACAGAGUUGAGCGACAAACACAAACCGAAACCGAAGCUGCGGAGCUCCAAGAAGCAGACAAAGUUGGAGUAUUGGGAUUCCGAGAAGCAGCCCAAGUCAAAGAUUGAAGGUGGUUUCACAAAGACGAAGUUGCAGGCAUUGAAAAUCUACGAGGAGUUGAAGAAAGUGAAGCAGCCCAUUUCGCCAGGAGGUCGCAUUGCUUGCUUUCUCAACUCGAUUUUCAACUCUGAUAACGUAAAGAAAGCCAAAAUGUGUUAUGUUGGAGCUGUGGAAGAUGUGAACUUGGAGCCUAAAUCCAAGUCUGCAUGCUCUUCGGCGGCUUCGCACUCGAGAUCUUGCUUGAGCAAAACCCCUGCUGCUUCAAGAGGGAAAUUGAGCAGCAAUGGUAUCAAAAGGUCUGUGAGGUUUUAUCCACUUAGCGUGAUUGUUGGUGAGGAUUCUCAGCCCUGCGGCCAUAAAUGUAUUCAUGAGGAAGAUCCAAGCCUAAUGCCAAUGCCAACUCUUCGAAAAAUCACAAAAACUCGAUCGGUAAAGGAGAGCACAAGUGCAUACCAUUUAAGAGGUUUUCCCCACAAUGGAAAGGUUGAUAAUGAUGUUGAUGAUAAUGAUGAUGGUGAUACAGAGAGCUGUUCGAGCUCGGAUUUGUUCGAGCUUGAUCAUCUUGUUGGGAUUGGGAGGUACAGAGAGGAGCUUCCAGUAUAUGAAACUACUAAUUUGGAAACAAAUCAAGCAAUUGCUAAGGGGUUGAUUUUGUAGUUCAUUUGGCAUCAAUGUAACUAAUGGUUUGGAUGUCAAAUUAGUUCUUUUUACUUUCCUUCUGUGAUUUCUUAGUUUCUGAAGAAUAUUUUGAAGUUGCUAUCCUUGAGGAGCAAUGAAACUUUAAUGUGAAUAGCAAUGGAGGC